AUGAAAUUUCCAUGGUAUCAAAUGUGGUUUGCUGGUAUAUUGACUCUGAUUGUUCCGUUCACAGCGGCCGGAUUGGGAGCUGUGAUUCUACUCCUGGGCGCCUAUACAGAUUACUGUUGCGGCUUGUUGGACACGUUUGAGAGCAAAGCGUCCAAAGCGAAACUGUUGCUGAUCAUCUCAUACUUCUUCAUCUUUCUCAUCCUAUCUCUGAUCAUCAUACUUGUUCUAAUGGCCAAAUACAACUACAUCAAUAUGAUCCGAUUCAAAAACUCCACAUUCUGGAGCAUCACCACAAAUGACUUUGGCAAGAUGUGA